UGCUGAGUGUGUCGGUCUCUGCAUAGACUACACUGGCACCCACAGCUCUGAUUAGCGUGGAGGGUGAGUCUCCAACCUGGCGAUAAAGAUCAAAGUCUGAAGGCCAGAGUGCCCCUCCUUAACUACCACAUGCUGUGUGUCCGUGAGCUGUUGAACACCCACCGGGACAACCUGGGGACCGUGGUCAAGUCUGUGAUCUUCAAUGAACUUUCCAACGCCCGAAACCCCAACAACAUGCAGAUCCUGUAUACGGUCCUACAACACAGCCCAGAACUUGCACCAAAGUUCCUGGCGAUGGUGUUCCAGGAUCUACUGACCAACAAGGACGACUACUUGCGGGCUUCGCGGGCCUUGCUGCGGGAGAUCAUCAAGCAAACCAAGCACGAGAUCAGCUUCCAGGCGUUCUGUCACCGAGGCUCCUUCCAGGCCCGGAAGGAGUGUGUAGUAGAUGGGGAGUUCAAGGACCGGUUCGUCAUCCACGUCACAGACCUGCUGGCCGUCUCCAUGAUGCUCAGCAUCACCGUGCAGGUGAAGGAAGCGGGGAUCGCGUGGGACAAAGGAGAGAAAAAGAACUUAGAGGUGCUCCGUGCGUUCCAGAACCAGAUCGCGGCCAUUCAGCGGGACGCCGUCUGGUGGCUGCACACUGUCGUCCCGUCCAUCACCAAACUAGCUCCCAAAGAAUAUGUGCACUGCCUCCACAAAGUGCUGUUCACAGAGCAACCGGAGACCUACUACAAAUGGGAUAACUGGCCCCCGGAGAGCGACCGCAACUUCUUCCUCCGCCUCUGCUCCGAAGUGCCCAUCCUGGAGGACACGCUCAUGCGGAUCCUUGUCAUCGGGCUCUCGCGCGAUCUCCCCCUCGGCCCUGCCGAUGCCAUGGAGUUGGCUGACCACUUGGUGAAACGGGCUGCUGCCGUGCAGGCUGACGAUCUUGAAGUUUUGAGAGUGGAGAGAAUCCAGCUUAUCGACGCGGUCCUGAAUCUUUGUACCUACCACCAUCCGGAAAACAUUCAGCUGCCCCCCGGGUACCAGCCUCCAAAUCUAGCUAUCUCCACGCUCUACUGGAAGGCCUGGCCUCUUCUGCUGGUGGUAGCUGCUUUCAAUCCAGAGAACAUUGGUUUUGCUGCUUGGGAGGAGUACCCCACGCUGAAGAUGCUAAUGGAAAUGGUGAUGACCAAUAACUACUCUUACCCGCCGUGUACAUUGACGGACGAGGAGACCCGUACGGAGAUGAUCAACCGGGAACUGCAGAUUUCGCAGCGGGAGAAGCAGGAGAUCCUCGCCUUCGAGGGCCACCUGGCUGCCGCUUCGACCAAGCAGACCAUCACGGAGAGCAGCAGUCUGCUCCUCUCGCAACUCACCAGCCUGGACCCGCAGGGCCCUCCCCGCAGGCCUCCCCAACCCGUCCUCGAUCAGGUGAAGAGCCUGAAUCAGUCACUCCGCCUGGGACACCUCUUGUGUCGCAGCAGGAACCCCGACUUCCUGCUGAACAUCAUCCAGAGACAGGCUUCGUCCCAAUCCAUGCCGUGGCUGGCGGAUCUGGUCCAAUCCAGUGAGGGCUCGCUGGACGUCCUUCCGGUACAGUGCCUCUGCGAAUUCCUCCUUCACGACGCCACCGACGAGGCAGCCUCCGGCGAGGAGGAGGAGGAGGCCGAGAGCAAAGAGCAGCGGGCCAAGAAGCGGCAGAGGCAACAGAAGCAGCGGCAGUUGCUGGGACGUCUCCAGGACUUGCUGCUGGGGCCCAAGGCGGACGAGCAGACGACCUGCGAAGUGCUGGACUAUUUCCUCAGGCGGCUGAGGUCAUCUCAGGUGGCCUCACGGGUCCUGGCUAUGAAGGGGCUCUCCUUGGUGCUUUCGGAAGGGGGCCUCCGAGACAGAGAGGAGAAAGAGCACCCGAUGGAAGAGGACUCGGGGGAUUCGGAGCUCCUCCAAGGGCACCAGUGGCUGCUCCGGGACCUGCCCAAGCUGCCACUCUUCGACAGCGUGCGGACCACGACGGCUGUGGCCCUUCAGCAGGCCAUACACAUGGAGACCAAUCCGCAGACCAUCAGCGCUUAUUUGAUGUACCUUUCCCAGCAUGCCCCGGUUGAGGAACAGGGGCCUCACAGCAACCUUGCCCUGGAUGUGGCCAGGUUGAUCGUGGAGCGCUCCACCAUUAUGUCCCACCUGUUCUCAAAGCUCUGGUACAGUUCGGAAUCGGAUGCAGUCCUGGUGGCCCUGCUGUCGAUUUUCUCACGCUACGUGCAGCGCAUGCGCCAGAGCAAGGAGGGCGAGGAGGUCUACAGCUGGUCGGAGUCUCAGGAUCAGGUUUUCCUCCGUUGGAGCGGCGGAGAAACGGCGACGAUGCAUAUCCUCGUGGUCCAUGCAAUGGUGAUUCUGCUGACUCUGGGACCCCCACGAGCCGGGGACAGUGACUUCUACACACUGCUGGAUAUCUGGUUCCCGGAGAGGAAGCCCCUCCCUACGGCAUUCCUGGUGGACACCUCGGAAGAAGCCCUGCUUCUUCCUGAUUGGCUGAAGCUGCGUAUGAUCCGCUCAGAGGUGCCCCGGUUGGUGGAUGCUGCUUUACAAGACCUGGAGCCCCAACAGCUCCUGCUGUUCGUCCAGUCCUUUGGGAUCCCGGUCUCCAGCAUGAGCAAGCUCCUGCAGUAUCUGGAUCAGGCCGUCUCUCACGAUCCUCAGACGCUGGAGCAGAACAUUAUGGAUAAGAAUUACAUGGCUCACCUGGUCGAAGUCCAGCAUGAGAGAGGGGCGACAGGCGGACAGACCUUUCACUCGCUUCUCACUGCUUCUUUGCCCUCGCGACGAGACAGCGACGAAGCGUCCCGACAAAAAACGGGUCUCGAAGGCUUGCAAGGCCCGGGCAGAAUUCGGGCUCUGGCCCAGAUCCGAGUUCUGGGUCCAGAGGACGACCUGGCCAGCAUUAUCCUUCAGCUGUUUCCACUGAACCCGGAUCCCCGUUGGCAGAACUCGAACCCGCGUCCCCUCGCCCUGGCCCUGCAGCAGGCCCUGGGGCAAGAGCUGGCCCGGCUUCGCCAGGGGAGCCCCCCAGCAGCAGGCGUUGCGGCCCGUCUCCUGCAGGCGUUGGCGGCGCUGUUGACCUCAUCCCACGGUGGGGCUUUGGCGAUGAUGAUGCACCGAAACCACGCCGUGGCCUGCCCACUAAUGCGCUUGCUGUACCAGUACCAGCUCCGUGCCCCCCAGGACUCAACGUUCUCCUCGCUGUUCUUCAAAGUGCUCAUGCAGAUGUUGAAAUGGCUGGAGAAUCCAGCUGUGGAAGAAGGACCCCUCCGGACGCAGCUGAAGUCCUUUGCAGUCCAGUAUUCGUCCCGGCAAAAAAUCAACGAUGUUCGGGGAGGGUUCCUCCAUCUGGCGGACACCCUGGCCUUCCAUCAUGACGCCGACGUGAUCAGCACUACCGUGCGGGCUGUCAUAGCCACUCUGAAGUCCGGCGAAAAGUACAACAUAGAACCUGAACUCAUCAACAAAGUCCUUCAGGGCCUGACGGAAGCCCGAUCGCCCUUCCUGGAGGAGCUCCUGGCUGCCCUCUUCUCGGUCAACGUGGAGACCUCGUCCCGCUUUCCGGCCACGGGCCCCAUCGCCGUGGUGAGUUCUCUGCUGCUUCAAGACCAAGAGGAGACCCCUGUGAAGAAAGAAGCCGAAGCCUGCAGUGUUGAAAUCGCCCGGCUUGGACCUACCUCAGGCCUUUUCAUUGACUGGCUGGAAAUCCUGGACCCCGAGGUGAUUAGCAGUUGUCCGGAUUUCCAACAACGGCUGCUGUUCUCGUGGAACAAGCAGGGUAAAGAUUCUUCAGAGUCGGAGCCACCUUCUUUCCGCCCAUACCUAUUGGCCCUGCUCACUCACCAGUCCAAUUGGACGACGCUCCACCAUUGCAUCCGGAUCCUACUUUGCAAGCAUCAGGAACAAAGGUCUGACCCAGCUGCAUCCUUAGAUUUUCUGUGGGCCUGCAUUCAUAUCCCUCGGAUUUGGCAAGGCAGAGAUCAGCGGAUACCCCAGAAACGGCGAGAGGAGUUUGUCCUCCGGCUGAAGGCGCCCGAGCUUAUCAGCCUGGUGGAGCUGAUCCUGGCGGAGUCGGAGACCAGGAGCGCCACAUCCGAGGGAGCCGCCUGCUCGGGGAUCCAGUCCCGGCUUCCGCUUUUGCUGAGCUGCUGCCACGGAGACAUUGAAAGCAUCAAAAAAGUCGUGGAGCAUUUGACGGGCUGCGUCCAACGGUGGGGGAGCAGCUCCAUGGGCAAACACUGCCAGGACCUUCUGCUCCAAAUCUACCUCCAGUUGCCCGACAUCCUUGUGCCCGUGCCGGAGACGUUGCUGUCCAGCGAAGGGGCUGCUGAUAGCAGCACGUGCAAACUGGAUUCCCUGGUCCACCGGUUCAUCACCCUCCUUGCCGACUCCACGGACUCCAAAGCCGGCGAGAGUCGGCUGUGGGACGCAAACAUGGCUUGUCGGAAGCUGGCUGUGGCUCACCCCAUUCUUCUGCUCAGGCACCUGCCCAUGAUCGCUGCCCUCCUCCAUGGCCGGGUCCACCUCAACUUCCAAGAAUUCCGGCAGCAGAACCACCUCACGUUUUUCAGCCACGUCUUGGGGGUCUUGGAGCUCCUCCAGCCGCAGGUCUUCCAGAGCGAGCACCAGGGGGCGCUGUGGGAUUGUCUGCUCUCCUUCAUCCGCCUGCUUCUGAGCUACCGGAAAUCUUCUCGCCACUUGGCGGCCUUCAUCUCUAAGUUCGUGCAGUUUAUCCACAAGUACGUCACGUCCAACGCCCAGGCUGCCGUCUCCUUCCUGCAGAAGCAUUCGGACCCCCUCCACGACCUAUCAUCAGAUAACAACGAUCUUGCAAUGCUGAAAUCUCUUCUGGCGGGUCUAAGUUUGCCAAGCAAGGACAGCGCGGCUGACCGGGGUGCCGACAAUGAAAAAGACGAUGAGGCCGCAGCGGGGUCCCUGCCCCUGGUUAGUGUCUCGCUGUUCACGCUGCUCACUCCUGCCGAAAUGGCCCCAUACAUGAAGAGGCUUUCCAGGGGGCGAACCGUGGAAGAUAUCCUGGAGGUGCUGACCGAUAUCGAUGAGAUGUCUCGACGGAGGCCGGAAAUCCUCUGCUUUUUUUCCUCUCACCUGCAACGCCUGAUGAGCUCUCCCGAAGAGAUCUGCCGCAACCUUGCCUUUUGCCUCGCUCUCCGCUCCAUUCAAAACAACCCCAGCGUGGCAGCGGACUUCCUUCCUACGUUCAUGUACUGCCUCGGGAGCCGCGACUUUGAGGUUGUUCAGACGGCGUUGAGGAACCUGCCGGAAUAUACCCUCCUUUGCCAAGAACAUGCGGCUGUACUGUUGCACCGGGCUUUCCUGGUUGGGAUGUACGGGCAGAUCGACACCAGCUCCCAAAUUUCGGAGGCCUUGAAGAUUCUGCACAUGGAAGCCACAAUAUGAUCAGGGUCGGGCUUUGAGGAAUUGGAAAUCGGAAGGAGAAAAGGUUGGGAUUCAUUCCCUCCUCCUCCAGUGUUGUGAUGCCGUUGGCAGGAUAGCCGAAGAGAAGACGUUUUGUGAUCCAUCCCUCAUUCCAAACCAGGGCGAAGGAUACACUGAAUCCAUGAGAGAGCUUUCAGCAAAGGAGAAGUUGGCUCAGGCUUAAGAGAUGCUGGAACUCAGCCCACGCUUACGUGGAAAUUGAACCGAUUCAAAGACCAAAUGAUUGGAGUAGGGUUUUUUUUAACCAGUUGUUAAGUGGUGGGGCUAAAAUGGCAGUCCACCCGGGGAAGAACUCUUUGUCUUUUUGGAUUGUCACCAAACCACCGCCAAACAUGGGUCAGCAGCGUGGAUCAGCACCCAGCUAAAGAUUUGUUCCUUUAAAAAAAUUAAAACCAGUCCAUUCUGUUA